AGAGGGUUGUGGGAGGAGACAGUUGCGAAGGAGCAGCCAGUUGGGAGACCCAAAGUCGCUGAUACCCAAAGCGACUGACUGGAGAAACUGACAGCGGCCCGCAGCGGGCGCGCAUCCACAGGCUCCCAGCUCAUCUCUUCCCCGCGCUGUGCUCGAGGUCAGCAGCGGCGCGGGGAGUCUUCCGCGCUAUAACGCUGCUGGGGCGCACAGCACUGGCUGCAGGUUCGGCCUCUCCAGGCUGUCACCUUCUCCUUUGCUCGCUCCUCCGAGAAGUGUGCAGCAGGCAGAGAUGAAGUAUACUAGGUAGGGGCUGCUUCCGGACGCCCAGCUCCGGAUUGCUGCCCCAGCCAUCCCAGAAGGACAAGAGGGUGAAGUCCUCACAAGGAUUGAGAAUUCUGAAGAAGGAUAAAGUCACGCUGAUGGGAUCAGUUGGUAGGCUCCACUAUCUCACCAUGACUCCUGAAAAGAAGAUGCCAGGAGACCUCGCUUUGGCCCCCCUUGUGACUUGCAAACUCUGUCUGUCUGAACAGUCUUUAGACAAGAUGACUACACUCCAGGAAUGCCAGUGCAUCUUUUGCACAGCUUGCCUGAAACAGUAUAUGCAGCUGGCAAUUCGAGAAGGAUGUGGCUCUCCUAUCACUUGUCCUGACAUGGUGUGCCUAAACCAUGGGACCCUACAGGAAGCUGAGAUUGCCUGUUUGGUGCCUGUGGAUCAGUUUCAGCUUUAUCAGCGGUUAAAAUUUGAACGAGAAGUUCAUCUGGACCCCUACCGAACAUGGUGUCCCGUCGCAGACUGUCAAACAGUGUGCCCUGUUACAACAAGUGACCCAGGACAGCCUGUGCUGGUGGAAUGCCCUUCUUGCCAUCUGAAGUUCUGCUCAUGUUGCAAAGAUGCUUGGCAUGCAGAAGUCUCCUGUACAGAUGGCCAGUCUACCGUCCUGCCAACAGAGCAUGGGGCCCUCUUUGGGACAGACACAGAAGCGCCCAUUAAGCAAUGCCCAGUGUGCCGAGUUUAUAUUGAACGCAAUGAAGGCUGUGCUCAAAUGAUGUGCAAGAACUGCAAGCAUACAUUUUGCUGGUACUGUCUCCAGAACCUGGAUAAUGACAUUUUCCUCAGACAUUAUGACAAAGGGCCAUGUAGGAAUAAGCUUGGUCACUCAAGAGCAUCAGUGAUGUGGAACCGAACACAGGUGGUGGGGAUUCUCAUGGGUUUGGGCAUCAUUGCCUUGGUGACGUCGCCCUUGCUGCUCCUGGCUUCCCCAUGUAUCAUCUGUUGUGUCUGCAAAUCCUGUCGGGGCAAGAAGAAAAAGCACGAACCCUCUACAACCUAAAAAUUUGUUUUCCUGUUCUUGUGCCACAUAUGUCUGGGUUAUACGAGACAGCGCAGUGAUAAAACCCCACUUAGUGAACUUGCCUCUUUUCUCCUUGCCAAACAUUGAAAGUGCCUCUGUGUCCAGAAUUUGAACUUGCUUGCCUGCCUUUGGCACUAGAAGAAGUCCAAGCUCUGGUGCAUGUGUUCCUGUAUAUAAAGAGAACUAGAUUCUAUAGACCAGGCUGUCUCUGUGGAGCACUUUGGGAAGCUUUGGAGUUAUUGGGGGGGGGGGGGUGGAGAAGCUGACACAUCAUCAUUUUAUCCUUUAGGGGAUCUCACUCAGCUUGCAGCCAAAUUCAAGGAGCCUGAGUGAAUAUUCAGUAUAAUAAAUGUGUUGUCAUGGUUGGCAACACACAUGAUAACUGAGAAGCUAGAGUCUGUUCUGUUUUGAUUUGAUCUUCAUUGAGAAACAUGUGGGUGGGGUGGUGGGGAGACUCCUCAUGUAGGAGGGAAAGGAUAAGACUAUCUAAGGAAGAGUUCUCAGAAGCUCUAAAGCAUUCUGCCUAUCUGAGGAGUCACUCUGGUGGUUCUGCCUUUGCUGGCUACUGAGUGUUCUGUUCCCAACAUUCCCACAGUGACUUGGCAGAAAAACAAUCAGUUUCUCCUUGCGUGAUCUCAGCUUCAAGAGAGAAACUGCUGUGCAGAGGGAGUUGUCUCUUUCCAGUAAAAGGGUGGCAACCUAUAAAACAACAUAGUCUAAUUUAGUGCUUUUCCCUUGGCAAGUGUAGCUUUAUGAAGGUGAUAAAAAUCUUCCCUUACUGCUGGUAACUAUUUUUUGUGAGAUUGCUUUAUGUAAAGUAUGGGCAGAGUGGCAGAGGUUUAAAACCUUCAUCAAGUGAGCUCUGUGUUCAUACACCCCACCCAGAAGACUUAGAAUUAAUCCUAAAAGUACACACCCAGAGAGAUUACUAAAGCCCACAUGUGAAUCUAGAACCCAUAUACUUUGCCACCUACCUAGACUUUUUAUCCAUUGGGCAUGCAUGGAUAUGCCCAGUUGUAUAUAUACAACACAAUUUUUUAUUUAAAGCCAUUCUAUCUUUCCUUCUGUGACAAAUAUGUCAUAUUAAAAAUCCGCUUAAGGAAUUUUUGUGAAUAUAUAGUAUGUGUUAUAUAUAAUAUAUACAUAUAUAUUGAGUUCACAACAUCCCCAAAUGCAUAGCCUUAUGAAGCAUAGCUCUUUAAAUACAUUAUUUAGUACAAUAUUAUGCCAUCUUGGUUUAUAAAAGAACUAGCUGAUAAUCAAAUUACUUAAAUAUCCUCUUACACAAUUCAGAGCAACUCUCUUCUCAGCAAGGUUUAGAAUUGACCUUUUAGCAUGAAAGGCACUGAUGAAAGCAAAAGUGUGUAAGAUAAAAUGUAAAUGCUUUAUAUAUCUUAAAUAGUUUGGAUUUGUAUCACCAUAUUGUGACUUAUUUUUCCCAUUACAGCACCAGUCAAAUUUUGAAUAAAUGGGUUUUGAAAAGA